GGGAGGCCGUCGGCCGAGAGGGAUGUGGGCGCGGGUGGCGCGGCUGGGCCGUUGGGCUCUGGUGGGCGGGCAUCGAGCCUUCGCCACGGAGGUGUGUCGGGGCGGAGGCCGGGUGACGGCGGAGGUGAUCGCGCACCUGGAGCGACUAGCGCUCGUGGACUUCGGCAGCCGGGAGGCCGUGGCGCGGCUGGAGAAAGCCAUCGCCUUCGCCGAGCGCCUCCACGCGGUGGACACGGAGCGGGUGGAGCCCCUGGAGUCGGUCCUGGAGGACAGAUGUCUGUACUUGAGACCUGACAAUGUGGUGGAAGGCAACUGCGUAGAAGAAAUACUGCAAAACUCCCAUCGGGUUGUAGAGGAGUAUUUUGUGGCCCCGCCAGGUAUGUGCUGCGCCAAGUACUUUAACAGUGAACUAAGACCGGAGGAGGAGUCGUGGUGGUGUGUGAAAGCACUCUGAGAAGCGUGCACUGGACAGGUGCUAAUGGUGCUCAGAGGGCAUAGGCUUCCAACUUGAAGUUCUAGGAAGUUCUGGGGGUGGGACUUACCAGAUCAUGUUCAUACCUUAAACUUAGUGUUA